GGGAUUGAGCCCGUUCUGCGUGGACUCGCAUAAGAGCUACGCCCCCGAGGGCGAUCAAGUCGUCGCCAGUGUUUGAUCAUGGGCCUGCGGUUCGGGCGGCUGGUGAGUGCCCGUAGUUCGGCGCCUGGGGUUCUGAGUCAUGUUGGGCGCUGAUGGCUGCGGCCGCUCGUUUUCGCGGCCCGCCUGCUCCUCUCGCUAAUGGGAACAUGGCCCAUUCGGCCGCCCCCUCGGUCCACCACCACAAGGGACCGCCACCGGGACCGUCCACCCCGGCCGCGGCCGGCCAUAGUCGAGGCCGCGGUGCGGCUAUGCUGAGCAGUGAUAUCAGUCGACGCAACCCGCAGGAUGACUACGAAUUGCUCCAACGCAUCGGAUCCGGAACCUACGGCGAUGUGUACAAGGCCAAACGACACUCGACGGGCGAGUUUGCCGCCAUUAAGGUGAUCAAAUUGGAACAAGGCGACGAUUUUGGCAUCAUUCAACAAGAGAUACUCAUGAUGAAAGAUUGUCGCCAUCCGAACAUUGUGGCUUACUAUGGGUCAUACCUCAGACGAGACAAGCUCUGGAUUUGCAUGGAAUAUUGCGGAGGAAGCUCGCUCCAAGACAUUUAUCACAUUACUGGUCCUUUGACGGAGAAGCAGAUUGCUUUCAUGUGCCGGGAGACCCUGCAAGGGCUCUCCUAUCUCCAUUCUAUGGGGAAGAUGCACAGAGAUAUUAAGGGUGCUAACAUUCUGCUCUCGGACAAAGGCGAGGUCAAACUGGCGGAUUUCGGCGUGUCCGCGCAAAUCACCGCCACGCUCGGCAAACGAAAGUCAUUUAUCGGCACGCCUUAUUGGAUGGCCCCCGAGGUUGCGGCUGUGGAACGGAAAGGUGGGUACAAUCAUCUCUGUGAUAUCUGGGCUGUGGGCAUCACGGCCAUCGAAUUGGCUGAACUACAGCCUCCCAUGUUUGACCUGCAUCCCAUGCGGGCGCUGUUCCUCAUGUCCAAAUCUGGUUACAAACCCCCAACCCUGAAAGACAAGAACAAAUGGAGUGCAGACUUCCACAACUUUGCCAAGUUGUCGCUGACAAAAAAUCCCAAGAAACGACCACCAGCCGAACGAUUGCUCUUCCAUCCUUUUGUGCUGGCCGGGGAUCUGUCCCAGCGCUACUCUAUGGAGCUUUUACAAAAAGUAAGGAACCCGGAGGCCACGACACCCAUCUUUGACGAGCCGGAUGAAGAUGGCAUCGUUCACAAUGUGCCAAGGCGGAUUUCUUCCAAGGCACCCAAGAGCAAAGCCACCAAAUCACAAGCUGAGAGCAACCUCGAUGAGGGAUCUUCAAGAGCCAAUGUCGCCGCACGAGCUGCAUUUAUCGACAAUCCCGUUGCAGGCGGGGUCCGUCGUUUUAAUGGGAUCUCCGAAUGUUGGGCCACCAAUUACAAUGACGGCGAGGAAGAGGCUUUGAAUGAAGCCUUAGAUGAGGCCCUAGACGAUUUGGCCGGAGUUGGGAAUUGGCGAAGCACCGAUCCAAAGGCUGGGAUGAACAAAAACCAUCAAUGCAACAACCCCUACAAAGAGUCACACGGAUUUGGUGAUGGUUCGACUACUUUGAAAGUGGUGGAACCCGGCGAUGAAUUUGACGAGGAUGAGUUAGAGCCCAACGCGAACGAAGAUGGUCUCACGGAGGAGGAUCGGAUCAAGAAUCGUCUCCUCAAAGCCAGGAUGCAAAAGAUGAUUGAAAAAAGCAAAUUGAACUUGUCACGGAGCAAAUCCGAAUUGGGAGAGCAACACAAGAAGAUGAUCUCGCAUCUAACGCGAGGCAAAACUGAAUUGUCAGAACAAAACAAGCGCAUCUUGGCCAGUCUCAGCUCAGGAAUGGAACGAGGUCGGCGGAAAUUCAUCCCUCAGGGCCUGAAAUAUCGCGUCAAUGGCCGGGUCAGCCGUCGAGAUGGGGGCGGCUCACUGUCCACUUCACCCACAUCAGGACCUGGGGGAGACAUUGAAAACAAUCGUUUUAGAGAUCUCAUGGGAAGCAAUCUCAGUUCCAAAGGCACGAGGUAUUCGUCCACAUCGAAUUUGGACAGUGUGCUCCGCGAUCUGGGAAUCGACCCGAAUUUCGAGCCUUUCGUAGAUCCUACGAUGCACAAGAGUGCCACUCUGAAGUUGGUUCUACCAACAGCGCCGUCAGCGAUGAAGAUGAACAAUAAUACCCUGCAUAGCAACAAUAACUGUGAUACUCUCCGUCUACCUAACUCCGCCAUAUCCGAUUCACCCGAGGCCUCAUCGGGCAUCGAGCAGUGUCUUCAAGAGCGAAUCCAAGGAGGCUUGGCUUCUUUCGAUUACAUUGACGAUCGGGAACUGACUUUAACUCGAGAGCCCAUGGAGAAACCCAAUCAAAUCCGAGAUGACUUCGUGAGCGAGGUUUUUGACGAAUUGAGCCAAUCCUCCUCAUUCAAACGCAAUGUGCCUAAGCCCAAUCUCAGAUCGGUCCCAAUAUCACCACAGCGCUCAGCCCCUUUGAAUGCAUAUGAUUGGUACAAUUCACUCGUCAAAACGGGUCGAUCCCGGUCCCGAUCUCGGAGUAGUUGUCGGCAAUCGAGCUUCGACGAGCCCUCGUCAUCCCUCGGCCAAGAGACAAGUCAAGGUGAAAUGGCUUCGAAUCAUGGGUUCUCCACCCUGGCCACGCCCGAGUCGAAAAGGAAGGCCAUUUUAAGUGAGCGACGUCAAAGACGGUUGUCCUCCUCCUCGUUCUCGGGGUGUGACAAUGAGCGCUUCUUCCUUCAACGACCUUUGCCCCAAGGAGACAAUCAUCACCGCCAGCAGUAUUGUUCAACACUUGAGAAUUCCACCGCGGUCAACAGCUUACUCUCCACGCCUUCACGCUCGAAUAAUAGUCUCCACGUGAGACAUUUGAAGAACUUCUAUUGGAAAGGUCUCAAAGAUCUCAAUUUGCCGCAAUCCAAGAAGAGGGGCCAUAUCAACGACUUGGAUGCCACGGAAUAUACCGAGCACAACACCUUAAAGCUGGGCGAAAAAGCCUCUGAGAGUGUUGGCGGAGAGCCCUCCAAAAGACGCCAUCAACAUCAGUCUGAGAACUCGCACCAGAUCGCACGUUUGGCAGACUUUGUGGCCAAUCGGCUGAGUUUAGCCAGUGAAUACGAUGACCAUGAGCAGCAGCCGCCUUCUGCCACGCCCUUACGUUCGUCUCAGAACCAAAAUGAAAGUCAAUUUCGAGCUCCAAGUGGUCAUGGAAUUCGGAAUCGAUCUUUAUCGGAUUCAAGGGCCAACGAUCGGAUGGGUUCGGAGUCUCCGCAAGCCCCUCCUCGACGAAGGGAGCGUUCCAAUAAGCGACAAGAGUCUUCAUCGCCCCCGCCCCCGCCCUCAAUUCCACCGCCCCCGCCUCCUCCUCCUCCCGUAUCCGAUAACCUCGGUGCCUCUUCUCAACCCUUUUCCAAUGGGCUUCCACCCACACCCAAGGUGCACAUGGGAGCUUGUUUUUCGAAGGUUUUCAACGGAUGUCCCUUAAGGAUUCAUUGUACGGCCUCGUGGGUUCACCCCGAGACUCACAAUCAACAUAUCUUGGUUGGCGCCGAAGAAGGCAUUUACACCCUGAAUUUGAACGAGAUCCAUGAAAACAUCAUGGACCUGCUCUAUCCAAGAAGAACGGUUUGGAUGUUUGUCAUCAAGGACGUGCUCAUGACGCUCUCAGGAAAGACACCGUCACUCUUUCGCCAUGAUUUGGUUGGCCUUCACGGACAAAAUAAAGAUCGGCUCACCAUCUCUAUGAACGCUAUGCACAAAAUACCUUCCAAGUUUGUGCCCAAGAAAUACGCAAUGACAUGUAAAGUGCCCAACACCAAAGGAACGACCAAAUGUUGCAUUGGCCGCAAUCCCUACAACGGCUACAAAUACCUGUGUGGAGUGUGUCCUCAGGGCGUGUUUCUCAUGCAGUGGUACGAUCCUUUGAACAAAUUCAUGCUACUGAAGCUGUUCGAUUGCAACGUUCCAAAUCCGCCGCGGGUCUUUGAAAUGAUCAUCACGCCGGAUCUCGAGUAUCCGAUUGUGUGCAUCAAUGUGCGACGGGGUUUUGACGGCAAGUCACUCAAGUUGGACAUGAUCAAUCUAAACUCGACAGCCUCGUGGUUCCAUUCGGACGAAUUGGACGAGAUGGACGGAUCCGCCACCGUCAUUCCUCGUCAUGAGCUCAUGAACGUUCAAGCCGUGACCCAGUUGGAAAAAGACACGAUCCUCGUCAGUUAUGACAAUGUGGUGAAGGUCGUGAACUUCCAAGGAAAGCUCAAGUCCAGUAAACGACAUGCGACCGAGCUCCACUUCGACUUCACCAUAACCGCCAUUGUGUGCCUGGCUGAUAGUGUCUUAGCGUUCCAUAAGCACGGAAUGCAGGGCCGCAGUUUUAAGAACAACGAGAUCACACAGGAGAUUUGUGACCGGACGCGGAUUUUCAAGCUUCUCGGCUCCGAUCGGAGUAUCGUGGUUCAAAGUGAGCCCGUUUUAGACGACACCCUCGCGUCGAUGCCUUCCGAUACUGAAUCUUCGGGGGCCUCCAGUCUAACCGAAACAAUGGGCGUGGACCUUCACACUUUGACGGGUCACGAGGCUGCCCAAUUUUGAGUACCCUCACGCCCUCUGUUUUAGUCAUCCCAAUCAAACCAACCACGCCCAGUCUGCCUUAAUAGAAACAGCAACAACAACUACUACUACUACUACUACUACACUUAUGAUGAUGCCAAGAAAAGAAAAGCCAAGGGAAGAAGAGUUGCUAUUGAAGCAAGCAAAGAAGCAUUAUUGCUGAUGAAUUUAUGAACACAAUGUUCUCUCUACUCCCUGAAAUGCAUGAGCCAGCCUUACAAGAGUGUUAGUUGUUUUUCCAUUACUGCAUUCAUUCUUCUUUGUAGUCUCGCUACCAACAAAAUCUAGCUCUCCAAUAAGAUAUCCACCCCUAAAGAUCCCUCAGCCACAAACCAGAAAUCAUACUAUAAUAUUAUUAAUGGACAUCGUCGUCCCAUAAUACUGCACUUCAUUAUUCGCCUCGAAACAGCGGUGUCCUUUUCGUUACGAAGGCAGUUUCAAAAUUUAUUCAUCUGCUUUUUAUACACCUACAUUCUUCUUUAUCAUCCAUCUUUCCAUUCUUGAUAAGCUAUUAUUACCAAUAAUAAUUACUAUCACGCCGAAUAACUCGACUGUUGUUGCAUUAUUUGCGCCAUUUGCUCGCUGUUGGUUUUGCAAUGAUCAAAGUAUAUAAUUUCUGAAAUAAAGACAACAAACGUACGACA